AUGGCGGGAGAUUUCAACUCUGUCACGUCAAUGGAGGAGGUCAAUAACUCGGAGAGCUUCUCUCUCUCAAGAUGCUCGGACUUUAACAGUUGGCUGUUUCGUGAAGGGUUGGUCGAUCUGGGCUAUACAGGUGCUAAGUUUACAUGGAUGAGAGGGGUUAACACCUCCACGUUUAGAGGCGCUCGUCUUGAUCGGGCCCUAAGCAAUGUCCAAUGGAAGCUAACCUACCCGAACACUGUAGUGGAACACCUCCCUAUGUUACACUCCGACCAUACACCACUGAUUAUUAUUACUGACUCUUCAGGAGGCGCAAGUACGAGGAGCUGCUUUCGGUUUAAUAUGGCCUGGGUCAUGCAUGCUGGCUUCCUCCCCUUGAUUCAUCAGUAUUGGAAGAGUGAUAAGUCCUUAGAAGCAAACAAGACUAGCCUGGCGAAGGUGCUAAUUGAGUGGAACAAGAAUACGGUUGGGAACAUAUUCCAUAAGAAAAGACGAUUGUUAGCUAGGAUAGGAGGUGUUUAG